AUGCGCGUCGCCGCCGCCGCGGCCGCGGACGCGCGCGCCGCGUGCGUCUCCACGAUGUGCCCGCGGAUCGACGACGCGCUGCGCGGGGGCGUGCGCGCGCGCCACGUGACGGAGAUCGCGGGCGAGAGCGCGAGCGCGAAGACGACGCUGUGCGCGCAGCUCGCGGUGCGCGCGACCGCGCGCGGCGGCGCGGCGGUGUACGUGCACACCGACGGGCCGGCGCCGACGGCGCUGAUGCGACGGAUCGCGUCGUCGGCGCGGUUCGUCGCGGAAGCGUGCGACGGGGACGAAGACGCGGCGACGGCGGCGCUGGAGCGCGUGUACGUGGUCAAGGCGCUGGGCGACGCGGACGCGCUGCGAGAGACGCUGACGGCGGUCAGCGCGGUCCUCAGAGCGCCGGUGAGCGAAGACGCGGUGGUGAGGAUGAUCGUGGUGGAUUCGAUCGCGGCGCCGUUUCGAGACGACGCGACGAACGGAGGAUGGACGUACGCGGCGAAACGGGCGGGCGCGCUGCACAAGUUGACGAUGCUGUUGAAGGAGUACGCGACGAAACACGACGUGGCGGUCGUCGUGACGAAUCACGUGGUGGAUAGCGUGAGAGAAAAUGGAACCGGAGCGCACGGUGACGGCGCCGUGGCGACGCGGGCGAUGGGGGAGUUCACGACGAGCGGACGACGAGUGGUGCCGGCGCUCGGUUUGAUGUGGUCGAAUUGCGUCAACGCGCGAUUGUUUCUCACGAGACGCGCGACGCGCGGUCAAGGGUACGUCGUGGGCGGUGAUGACGGCGAUGAUGGAAACGCGGGCGUCGCGCGGACGUUACACGUCGUGUACGCGCCGCAUUUGCCCGAGUCGAGCGUCGAUUUCGUCGUGCGCGAAGACGGCGCGUGGGACGUCGCCGCGCCGCGCCCGCGCGCCGUGGCCUAG